UUGCCUAACAAUUAUGGUGCUCAUUCGAACAGUUAUUACCAUACUGGCCUUAGCGUUGGUAGCAAGAGCGCAAGGCAUUGCUUCGGAUACAGAGGAUUUAGAAGAAAUAUCUACGAAACAAAAAAGGGAAGCUAUAUGCAAUGGCUCCUAUUUGGAAUGGAAAUCUACGAACAUGAACGACGAAACAUGUAUGACUCUGGAGGAUAUCAAGCAUCCACUGAAACGCCAGACAAAAAAUAUAUUAUUACACCGAAUUUCAAGGAUGGCAUAUACGACAGAACAAGAUUUGAAUCAGAUUUUGGAUUACAGUGUUGUCAUCACUUUGAAUAUUGAAGAUAAUGAGUCCUAUUUAAAGAGAUCGUUACAGCGUAACAUGCUUAGUCGUGAAGACAUCGUUGAUUUCCUAACAAUUAUGGUGCUCAGCCGAAAAGUUAUUACCAUAUUGGCCUUAGCCUUGGUGGUAGGAGCUAAAGAAAGUAUUUGGGAUCCAGAGUAGGUAGAGGAAAUAUCUGCAAAACGAGUAAAGGAAGCAACGAGCAAUGGCUAUUACUUAGAGUGGAACUCUACGUUGAAUUUAAUUAGUUUAACAAAUUUUGUGCCAUUCAAACGCUUUAUUAAUGCGUUAAGGGAGUGUCGCCAAGCAGGUUCAAGGCGAGAAUACGAUUAUUGUCGUAGCGUGAUAAUUGACGUUGAGAAAAAUGGAACUUCGGUUAAUGAGCAUACUCGUUUUCCGGAAUAUGGCAUUUUUAUUGAUUUUGAACAUCCCGAAAUAUAUGGAGAGUACAAAAAACUAUUAAAAUCGUUGGAAACUCGGGACGAAAUGUCUUUUGACAGAACUGUCUUAUUUUUCGUGGAUUUAACAAAUUUAUUGGUAAGUAUUUAUUGGCAGCAGUUUCCAAAACAUGAACGACAUAGAUCUUUUGACGUUUCUAGAGAACAUUAUACCACUGAAACUUCAGGAAUACAAUAUGUCAUUAAACAGAAUUUGAACGAUGGAUUAUACGAUAGAAAAAUGUUUGAAUCGAUUUUCGGAUUACAGUGGUAUAGUGCAAAUUAAGACUAUUUCUGUAAUUGGACGUUAAUCUCCUGAAAAUCAUUAAUAGAAUUAAAUAAAUUUAUAUAAGAUUAUCAUAUUAUAUCAGAUUAAUCAUAUUAACAUUAAUGUUACGACAUAUAUUUUUGAAACAUUUAUGGAUCCGUUCCUGGCUUAUUAUCUAUCCAGGUCCAAAAAUAAUGUCACCGCCGUUAUUGAUGUAAUUUAAUACUUUUUAAUUAAGAAUUUGAUGUGCAGUGUUUACAUGUGUAUCUUACCGGUUUAACAAGCCCAAAUCUGGCGUUAAGAACUCGAUGGCGUUUCACGUAUACACAUUGCUUCGCGUAUACGUAUACAACGUAUGUAAGCGUAUAUUUGGCGCGAAACUGUCCUUAGUUUCCUGAUAGUUUUAAAGAAUUAUCGUGUCAAAGAAAUAUUUUUCUUGUAUUAUUCUUAUUGGCCAAAUAUAAUAAACCGUUUCCAACCGUCCCUGGGUUUGGCCGUCAGAUGUCGGGGAAUUUUAGCACUCUCGCUAGG